AUGUCGACCCCAGUGAGCCCAUCGGAUAUCAAGCUCCCGCAGCGGUCGGUGACUGUCAGCAGCAGUAUGACCCGCCGGACGUCUAUGAGUGACGAUGAGGCUAUUCCUCAGACCGAUAGCAGCGAGACUACCAACCUACUGAUGGAGCGACUCCGAGCAUGGAAGCACAUGUGUGGUUACCUCGAGGACUAUGUGUCGACGACUGCUAAGGUGGCCAAGUCUCAGUCAAAGGACCAUGAGAAGAUCUUGAAGACCGUUAGUGAUCCUUUGAAGGAGAGCCAUCAUUUCAGCUCUAGCGCUGGCGGUAUUGCUGGCUUGGUCGAGAACAUGCGGAACAACUCUCAGGGGUUGGUGAACAUGUAUCUGGAGACCGAGCAGAACUUGAAGGGCAGUGUCCUUCCGAUACUAGAACGACUUCACAAGGAAAUCAAAAAUAAAUCCAAAGAACUUCAAUCGGGAGCGGCCAAAGGAGCUAAAGCUGUGGAGAAGGCCCGCAAUUUGACACAGAAGCAUAUCGAGCUUCUGGGCCACCACUCGGCAUCAUACGACGCUGUGGCGGGAAACAAAAUCGAUCCGCCGCAUGAUCCUUAUGUCCUCAAGCGUGGCAUCAAUCACCGAUUGAACAAGCAAGUCACUGAAGAGAACAACCACCGUAAUGAUGUGUUGGCCGUGCAGAACUCCUUCCAGCAAUUCGAAGCCCAUGUGUUGCAGACUGUCCAAAUGGCCCUGGACCAAUUCUUCCAGCUUAUGGGAAGUCAGCUGGAUCGUCAACGCGCCAUGUUCGCCGAUAUCCUGGGCACGGCGCAGCGCAUCCCACCCGAGUUUGAGUGGAUGAACUUCUGCGUGCAAAAUGACGCUACUCUGGUCAACCCAGAUUCCCCUCCACGCUCAUUUGCAAGCAUCACCUUCCCCAACAUGGACCACCGUUCGACCCAGCCGCUGAUCGAAGGCUCCUUGGAGCGCCGUUCACGGGCCGUCAUCAAGGGAUACAGCACUGGCUACUACGUCGUGACACCCGCCCGCUACCUGCACGAGUUCAAGGACACCGAUGAUUUCCGUCGCGACCCAACCCCCGAUCUCUCUUUGUACCUCCCCGACUGCACUGUCGGCGCCAUUGACGGUGUCAAGUUCAAUGUCAAGGGCAAAGAUGUGUCCAACGGCAAGGUUGGCAACGCCUUCCACGCCACUACCGAACUGAGCUUCAAGGCGCACACCUCCAGCCAUGCCGAGAAGUGGUGGGGCGUCAUCAAGGAUUGCACUCGUGGUCCUACGCUCACUACGGCGACCGCCACCUCGCCCGCGGCCACAUCGCCCACAAGCCCGGCACCCGUCAGCCCUGCCGACAGCACAUCGCAGGCCCAGCCUCCCACCUAUGCCGAGAAGGAGAAGGGCAAGGAGAAUGUCUCUCCGUCUGCGUCUGCAGCAACCUCCCCCGCUGUGGAGAAGAGCCAGGCUGCCGCCUCUGCCCCCAGUCCGACACAGGGUCUAAGCCGGACCGCCAGCACAGCGAGCCACUUCCACAUGUCCCCCGGUGGUACAGCCGUGCAGGAGAAGUCGUAG